CAACCUGUAAACAACUUUGUAUCAGCGCUAUAAAUAAAAUAAAAUAAAAAAAGAAAAAUUGUGAAAACGACACAGAGAAAGACACAAAAAAUAUUCAACUGCUGACACUGCCUGAUUCAAAUAAAGCAAAUCAUCAACUCGAUUAAGGCGACAUUUAAAUUUUAGUUCCAAUACUUAUAAAUUAACAAAAAUCAAUAUAAAAAUGAGAAUAGCAUCAAGAGUUUAUAGUUUAAUGAUCAAUUCAGUUGAUCCACACGUUCCAAGUAAGCUCCGACCACUUUGGAAUCACGCAGCAGGCCCAAAAACUGUAUUCUUCUGGUCACCAUUUUUCAAAUGGGGACUUGUAUUAGCUGGUGUGAAGGAUAUUACACGACCAGCUGAUCAACUGUCAAUUGGUCAAUCUGCUUCACUUGCAGCUACCGGCUUAAUUUGGUCACGAUAUUCAUUAGUUAUCAUCCCGAAAAAUUAUGGGCUUUUUUCAGUCAAUGUCUUUGUAGCUCUCACACAAAUUUUUCAACUCUAUAGAGCAUACGCUUUCCAAAAAGCUAUUAAGGAGAAGCCAGUCGAAUCGAAGUAAAGCAUCAAUGAAGCAAUUUAAAUAAUGUAUAAACAGCACAUACAGAUAUGCAUCAACGUUUAUGUGAAAAUUGUAGAAUUAAAUUAUUAUUUUAUCUUCUCUGAUAAGAUUUGUUAGGCUCAGUGAGCUCUUACCAAGUAAAAAAUCUCGUUUGUUAUGGUUUUUCUGUUCAAC